AUGGAAAUCAGUCCUAGUGUUUUAGAGUUUUCAGGCUCCUUUACCCAGCCAACCACUGAGUACCUUUCUUUGACAAAUAACUCAGAUAUCCCCUUGGCCUACAAGGUGAAGACCACCGCUCCAAAAUUAUACUGUGUUCGCCCAAAUGCCUCGAUAAUCGAGCCUGGUGCCACCGUCAAGGUGUCUAUCAUCUUACAGGGAUUCGCCCAACCAUUGCCAGCGGAUUACAAAUGCAAAGACAAGUUCCUCCUUGUAUCGUUACCAUGCCCAGAUUUAUCAGACAGCAGUAAAGUAUCAGAAUCUUGGUCGCAAUUAGAAGCCCAAUAUAAGGAUCAAAUUGUAUCCAAAAAGUUGCGUGUGAGCUAUUUAAUUGGCCCAGUAUCAGACCCCGACGGCCCAGCCAUUAUCAGAUCUAGUAAUCCAGAUGUUUCUGGAAUCAACGGGCCUUCCAAAGAUACUCACGUUGCUUCCGAUUUACAGAAGGAAUUGGAUGAAUCAACUUCAAGAAUUAAUAACUUAUCAGAAAAAUUGGAUUCCAAUGAGAAGACUUCUUCAUCAACAUCUACUGCUACAGCCGAGCAAUCUGUCAGUGGUUUCUCUAUCCCAUUUGCAAUUAUCCUCAUUGUGCUUGCUUUCAUUUUAGGGUGGAUACUCCUUUAG